CAUGAAUCCUGAAUAUAUACAACAUGCCUGGAAAAGUUUUUCACGAGGUGAUAUGUCAAUAACCAGAAAGCAAGAUGGUACAGGGCUUGGUCUCUCAAUUUGUAAAAGCCUAGUAGAAAUUAAUGGAGGAGAAAUUAAAGCAGAAAGUCAGUUAGGAGUAGGAAGCACAUUUUGGUUUACAUGGAAUAUAGAAUUAUUAUUCCCGACUACGCCAACUAUUUCAUCGUCAAUAACACCAACUAUUUCAAAACUUCCAUUUUCCUCAUUAUUCGAGGCACAAUUUGAUAAGCAAAUAAACUAUACAUUACCUAAUUUUAUAAGAAAAAAGCGAAUACUAAUAAUUCACCCAGUCAAAAAUAUGCGAAACGCAAUGUUAACAUAUUUUAAGUUUGUCGAAAAAGUUGAUACAUUCGACACUUUUAACAAAGGUAUUAAAGAUGCUCAAACAUAUAAAGAACUGUAUAAUCGAUCUGCUUAUGACAUAGCAUUCAUCGGCCUUUAUGAAGUUAAUAAAGAAAAGGUUAUGAAAGCAGCAUUAGAGUUAAAAGCAUUAGAUAUGGAUAGUAACAAAUUAGUUAUAAUGUUCAUAGUGUUUCCGGGUAAUGAAGGAAAUUGGUUAGCAAAAAAAUUAAUUAGAAAGCUUGGGAGAACUACCUCUGUUAUUUACACUCCAAUUACAUUUAAAAAGUUAAUUAAUCAAAUUGUUCAUCUGGAAAAAAACAUUGCUACUGAUAAAAACAAUACAAAUCUACAGACCAAUGAAAAUGAUGAUCCAAGUAUUAUAAGGCGAGUAACGGACUAUGAACUUUAUAGGAUUGGAGAUUCGAAACAUGAUAUGUAUGAGGAUGUAACCAAAAGAAAUUCCGAGAGGAAGUGUAUUUUAUGUGUGGAUAAUGAUACUAUAAGCUUAGAGAACACAUUACAACAAAUUUCAAAACUUGGUUAUUCGACGAUCUCUGCGGAAAAUGAAAUAAAUCAAAUAAAAUCUUGCAGAAUAUCAUUAAUAUUAACUGAAUGUAGUUUGCCAAUAAUGUCAGGGUUUGACAUUUCACGAACAAUUAGAGCAAUGAGACCACCAAUUUCAAAUAUACCGAUUAUUGUUCUAACAACUUUAUCCAUGGAAGAAAUACAUAAUGAAUGUAUCGUGUCAGGAAUAAAUGAUUAUCUCACAAAACCACUAAAAACCCAUGAACUUGAAAAAGUUUUAACUAAGUGGAUUGGCUGGUCUUUCUAA